AUGAAGGUAGCUUCUCUUUUCCUAGUGGGUUUUUACCUGCUGCCUUCUUGCAGGGCAGAAGAGGGACUGAACUUCCCAACUUACGAUGGGAAGGACCGAGUAAUAAACCUCAACGAGAAGAAUUACAAGCAAAUCCUGAAGAAAUAUGACCUGCUCUGUCUCUUCUACCAUGAGCCGGUGUCUUCCGAUAAAGUCUCCCAAAAGCAGUUUCAAAUGAAAGAAAUUGUCCUAGAGCUGGCGGCCCAGGUCCUGGAACACAAAGAUAUAGGUUUUGCCAUGGUGGAUUCCAAGAAAGAAGCCAAGCUAGCUAAAAAGCUAGGUUUUGAUGAAGAAGGAAGCCUGUAUAUCCUUAAGGGAGAUCGCACUAUUGAGUUUGAUGGAGAAUUGGCUGCUGAUGUUUUGGUGGAAUUCCUUUUAGAUUUAAUCGAAGACCCGGUGGAGGUUAUCAACAGCAAACUGGAAGUCCAAGCUUUUGAGCGCAUUGAUGACUUCAUCAAACUCAUUGGCUUCUUCAAGAGUGAAGACUCAGAACAUUACAAGGCAUUUGAAGAAGCAGCUGAACAUUUCCAGCCCUACAUCAAAUUCUUUGCCACUUUUGAUAAAGGGGUUGCAAAGAAGCUAACCUUGAAGAUGAAUGAGGUUGAUUUCUAUGAGCCAUUCAUGGAUGAGCCCAUUCCAAUCCCAGAUAAACCUUAUACAGAAGAAGAGCUUGUGGAGUUUGUGAAAGAGCAUCAAAGACCCACACUACGCAGGCUGCGCCCAGAAGAUAUGUUUGAAACCUGGAUGGUGCCAAGGAUUGCCAUCUUGGUUAGUACUCAUACCCAGACUCCUCCUUCAAAUUGCACAGAUGGUUUUGAGUUCCUGGAGAUCCUGAAACAAGUGGCCAGGGACAAUACCAACAAUCCCGACUUGAGUAUAGUAUGGAUUGACCCAGAUGACUUCCCAAUGCUCAUUGCCUACUGGGAGAAGACUUUUAAGAUUGACCUGUUCAGGCCACAGAUUGGAGUGGUGAAUGUAACAGAUGCGGACAGUAUUUGGAUGGACAUACCAGAUGAUGAUGACCUACCUACUGCUGAAGAACUAGAAGAUUGGAUAGAAGAUGUACUUUCUGGGAAAAUAAAUACAGAAGAUGAUGAUGAUGAUGAUGGUGAUGAUGAUGAUGAUGAUGACGAUGAUGAUGAUGACAACUCUGAAGAAGAUGAUGAUGAUGAUGACGAUGACGAUGAUGAUGAUGACAGCGAUGAUGAGGAUGAAUAGCUCUUAAGCUGAAAUUCUCACAAACACUGAACCAUUUUAAUUCAUUAUCCUUUAAAGUCAGAAUGGGAGCUAGGAGCAGGCAGUCCCAAAGAGUUCCUUCCCUUAUUUUUAAGUCUUCCUUUUCUACUCCUUCAUUAUCAAAAAUAAGAAAACUGAGCAAUUCCUUCCAAGUAAAAUGUGAGGGAUUACUAGUGGAUAUAGCUUGGAAACAGGAGAGUGAAAAGGAGAGGAUAGGGAAUAUGUCUGGUUGUAAUGUCCUGCCUCGUCUUAAGACCAGACAUCCCAUUAGGACAAGAAAAACCACUCACAUAUUACUGAAUUUAGCAACUUGUUUCCCUUAUUCCCAAAAUACAGGGAUCAUGACAGUGCCAACAACUGGAUGAUGAGAAAAAAAAGGUCUCCUCAUGACUAUUCUCAAGUUUACUUUUUAUAUCGAACUAUGAUGAUAAUAGAAAUCAGGUUUUGAAAUGUCCCCCGAGCUAGAGUAAUCUUAGAAUCAGAUACCAUGGGAAAUACUCUAUAAUUAAUUUAGGAGCAUACUCCUAAAUUAGACAAAUAUGCCCAUUAACUUAGAAUCCAAACUCAAGAUAGCCUAGAAUGGCUCAUGCUCAUGGCAAUAGGUUAAACCCGGAAAUUCUUAACUUUGUCAAAGAUUCAUUUAUGAUACCUUUUUUCAGUAUCAAAAUUUCGACUUUAUUGGAUGCUAUUUAAAAUAUUGACACUUCUCCCAUCCCACCCCUUUUCCUGCAUUCUUUCUCUUGUCUCAAAAGCUCUGUAAAUGAGCCAAAUACAAUCUCACGGCAAUUGUACACCUUUGUAUGCCUGUAGUUUCUUCUCUAUCAUUGUAGUUUUCUCUUCAUGGAAAAAAACUGGGUUUGUUUUUAUUUUUCUUUUCUGACAUCUUAUCAAACUGAGGUUCCUAUUAAUUAGCAUUUCUACACAUCUCUAGUGCAAUCAGAAUCAAGAUUUAUAAUUGUGACCCUGAAGCACUGGGAGAUCCUGAAUUGCCUUCUGAAUCAUCAAAGAAAGCUUAAAUCAUGUUCAGUAGAGUUGCAGUGUUGUGUGUUUUUAGCCUCUUCUAAUUCUUUGAAAAUUGGCAACUCAUGUAUGUAGACUUAUUCACCAAAAUAGUUUCCUAAUGAUAAUUAUUACUCAGUCAAUUGGGAAAAACAGAGUUAGCCCUAUUUCCUCAUAUACUUCUUUUCUGUAUAAGAUUCUGGUGGACUGUCCCACAGUAUGAUCUGGAUGCUUUUCAAGGUUUGCAGCUUUGGCAUUCUGGGAGACUUCUAAGACUACCUGAAUGUCUUCUGGACCUUUUGGGAAAUGACUCAGAAAAGUAGUUGUUGAAGCUGUUAUUCCAAUUGGGCUUUGAUCUAUGAUUCUAUUCAGUCCCUGAUUACUAACUUUGGGCUCUCAUUCUCAGGAGGAUCUAUCAAGCUGUAGCCUCUUUAAAUUGUACCGCUGUGUUAGAACUCUGGAACAUUGUAAGAUGGCUGAUAAGAAAUAAGUGAGAAUUCAUAAAAAAUACCAUCUGGUACAUAUAUGACUGAGAAAGGACCACUUGUGUGUCUUGUGGACAAGAAAAAAAAAUCAGACAAUGGCUUCCAGGGCACUGAGUAGAUCCUCUUAAGGAAGAUUUAGGAAAGAGAAUUUCACAGUAUACAAAGAUAUGGAAGGGAUGUAAUCUGCAUUAAUGAGCUCAUGGACCCAUCAAAGGAUCAACAAAGUAAUUCCUCAGUUCUUUUUUGUUUUCUGUUGGGACUCCAGACUAACAACUAGUCUUAAUCAUUCUCUAGAGCUGAGUACCACAAAACUGUGCAAUCGAAGUAAGGCAGUGUUCCUCCUACUGUCCCUUCUAAUAUGUCUGUGUUCAGGGAUGGGGCUCCAGUAAUUUUUUCCCCACCUAUUUCACCCAGUGGAGGCUGGAACAAUGAUUCCUCUAGUCUCCUUUUAGAGGUCAUAUCCAGGAUGAUAAGCAUUAGGAAGAUAGGGUUACCCAUCAUGCUUUGGAAAGUGGUUCAUUGUUUUAUUGUCAAGAAUGGAUAAAAACCUUUACA